AAUAGAUUUAAAAUGAAAACUAAGGAAUAAUAAAUAUGAAAAUAAGAGCUUCUGUUCGUCCAAUUUGUGAAAAAUGUCGACUGAUCCGCAGACGGGGACGAAUUAUAGUAAUUUGUUCUAACCCAAAACAUAAACAACGACAAGGAUAAUAAUUCUACUAUAACUAAAAACCAAAAAGAAUUUUCUAUAAAGAAUUGCUAAAAGAUUUGAUUGAUGUAAAAAAAAACGGAAGGAUUUGUUUUGACAUGAAAUGGAUAUAUCCAUAUACCUUUGACUCAUAUUUAUGAGAUGAAAAAAUAUGGCAAAACCUAUACCAAAAAUUGGUUCACGUAGAAAUGGACGUAUUAGUUCGCGUAAAAGUGCACGUAAAAUACCAAAGGGUGUUAUUCAUGUUCAAGCAAGUUUUAAUAAUACCAUUGUAACUGUUACAGAUGUAUGAGGUCGAGUCGUUUCUUGGGCUUCUGCCGGUACUUGUGGAUUCAGGGGUACAAAAAGAGGAACACCAUUUGCGGCUCAAACCGCAGCGGGAAAUGCUAUUCGUACGGUGGUGGAACAAGGUAUGCAACGAGCAGAAGUCAUGAUAAAAGGUCCUGGUCUCGGAAGGGAUGCAGCAUUACGGGCUAUUCGUAGAAGCGGUAUACUAUUAAGUUUCGUGCGAGACGUAACCCCUAUGCCGCAUAAUGGCUGUAGGCCUCCUAAAAAAAGACGCGUCUAGAAAAAAGAAUUGAAGAGAUUUCAAGAGAAAUAAAUGAUUCAAAGAUAUGAUCAAUUUUGUAAAAUAUUACUAUGGUUCGAGAGAAAAUAAGAGUAUCUACUCAGACACUUCAGUGGAAGUGUGUUGAAUCAAGAACAGAUAGUAAAUGUCUUCAUUAUGGACGCUUUAUUCUCUCUCCACUUAUGAAGGGUCAAGCUGAUACAAUAGGCAUUGCGAUGCGAAGAGCGUUACUUGGAGAAAUAGAAGGAACAUGUAUCACACGUGCAAAAUCUGAAAAAAUACCACACGAAUACUCUACCAUAUUAGGUAUUCAAGAAUCAGUACACGAAAUUUUAAUGAAUUUGAAAGAGAUUGUAUUGAGAAGUAAUUUAUAUGGAACUUCUGAGGCGUCUAUUUGUGUCAAGGGUCCUGGAUAUGUAACUGCUCAAGAUAUCAUCUUGCCACCUUAUGUGGAAAUCGUUGAUAAUACACAGCAUAUCGCCAGCUUGACGGAACCAAUUGAUUUGUGUAUUGGAUUACAACUCGAGAGAAAUCGGGGAUAUCAUAUAAAAGCGCCAAAUAACUUUCAAGACGGAAGUUUUCCUAUAGAUGCUCUAUUCAUGCCUGUUCGGAACGUGAAUCAUAGUAUUCAUUCUUAUGGAAAUGGGAAUGAAAAACAAGAGAUACUUUUUCUCGAAAUAUGGACAAAUGGUAGUUUAACUCCGAAAGAAGCACUUUAUGAAGCCUCUCGGAAUUUAAUUGAUUUAUUAAUUCCUUUUCUACAUGCGGAAGAAAACGUAAAUUUAGAGGACAAUCAACACAAAGUUUCUUUACCCCUUUUUACCUUUCAUAAUAGAUUGGCUGAAAUAAGGAAAAACAAAAAAAAAAUAGCAUUGAAAUUCAUUUUUAUUGACCAAUUAGAAUUGCCACCUAGGAUCUACAAUUGCCUAAAAAAAUCCAAUAUACACACAUUAUUGGACCUUUUGAAUAACAGUCAAGAAGAUCUUAUUAAAAUGAAGCAUUUUCGCAUAGAAGACGUAAAACAAAUAUUUGGCACUCUAGAAAAGCAUUUCGUAAUUGAUUUAAAAAAUAAAAGAUGAAAAAAAGUAAUUGAAUAGAUGUAUCUAGGGAAAAUUCACGUUGAAGUGACUAUUCCCUAGAUACACACGCCGUGUUAUUUCAUAAUUAAAUCAAUUUAAAAAAGGCCUAAAGUUAGGGAUUUAUCAAUAGGUAAUGUUGCUCCAAUACCUAACCAAAGGGCCAC